GUAACACUCGAGCGAUUUGCAUUAGAUUAGAAUUGUGAUAAAGACAGUGGUCUUGGCAACUUCUAAGAGGAUUUGACCUGGCAAGCAGGAAGCAAUAUUCGGGUUUGGACAGAAUAUCCAAACCUAAGAAUAUUCUGCUACCAAAUAGCUCUUUGGACAGAAUAUCCCCCAAGAACCCUUUAAAAUGGGGUCACUCGACUUUAGAGCGUUCAUUCUUCGGUCCCGCGCCAUAGCCGUGUAUAGGAGUGGCCUGAGAUUGACAAAACGGGCACCAAGCUCUUCUCGAGAUGAGCUCAAGAACACCAUUCGAGCGGAGAUGGAGAAGAAUCGCGCAGUGACAGACCCAGCAGCAAUCCGCUACCUCAUCAGCGAUGGCCUGCAAAGGAUAAAAGAACUCCAAACGAUGCUUAGCAUCCAAGGAAACGAUUAAGCAGCUAACAGCACUAGAAGCGUUUCUUCUCAUAAGAAACGAGGCCGUGAACACCGCCCUCGACUUGGGCAGCUCCUGAUCGAACCUGGUUGAUGAGAAGCAAUGGUUUAGUAUCGAAAAAUCGAAUUUUGUUUGUUAAGUA